AUGAGCUUAAACAAAACGGAUAGUACGAACGAGAUGGGCGUUAGCGAUGGAAGGGACAGUGCGUGCUAUUUCUGUAAUGAUUUGUUUGAAAUGGGAAAAUUGCAAAGCCACUUGAAGCAAUGUGGCAGUAUCCUGGAACAGUGCCCGUUGCGUUGUGGCGCCUGGAUACAGAGGAAACACAAGGAGACACACGUCCAGGACUGCCCCAUGAUGGAGAAGACACGCAACACAGUAUCACCGACACAUGUAAGAAUAUCGGAUCCUGCACCACCCAUCGUUAUCAACCACACAUGGACACCUAAAACGGUUCCUCUUGAGGAGUGUGUGUCUUACCUGGAGAAAGAACUAACUAGUAUCAAACUAGUGCUCACUGAACAAUCUAGCAACCAUGACAUCCAAGCAACUGAAGUAGAGAACCUUCGCUCCAAGUUGGUUCUUGUAGAGGAACGGGCCCAGCACUUUCUAUCGACCCUCAUUUCUCUUCGUGCAGCGUUAGACGACGAGGCAGAGAGAUCUGCCAACUGGGCUGCACAAUUUAAACAUGAUCUAGCCAAUGUUCAACUAGCUUUACAAGAACUACAAAGCCAGCAGCUGACAACGACGAUGCGCCUGGAAAGCGCUAUCAGCAGCAUCGUGCAUGAGCAGAAUGAGAGGGAACUUCUGGAACAAGCUCUCACGCAACAUGACAAUAGAAUAAGAACAAUAAAUAAACUAGAGGAGGUAAUCGAAUAUAUAAAGCAGACAGUAGAAGAUGAGAGGGCACGCAAUUCAGAGAACCAGGCAGCUUUAGAAGCUGAGCUGAUGGAGGCAAGAAGAUCUUCAGAACAGUUAGCGCAACUCUCGACUCUGCGGUCACAGCUUCAGAAUGCUGCUUCGUCAGAGAAUCCGGCGCUAGAUCGACUAGCAGUACUAGAAGUAGCAACGGCCGAUGCAAGGGCUGAAGCAGCAGAGCACUCGAACAAAAUGGACAUGAUUUCACGCGAUCUUCGUGCUCUAACAAAGAGUUACAACAAACUUAGGACUGAACUCGCAGACUUUCAAGCGAGGAUGACUUUGGAGCAUCCGGAAAGUGGUAGCGAUAAUGGUCAAUUUAUCUGGAGAAUAGAUAAGUUCUCGUCUCGCAUGAAGGAAGCGAAGGAAAAGGACACCGUACUCACCAGCCCGCUCUUCCGUACCAGCAAAUAUGGCUAUACCCUCAAGGCGGAGGUGAACCUGAACGGCAUAGGCAAGUGGAGGGGUCGUCACAUCACGUGCACUGUGCGUUUGGUAACAGGUCCCUAUGACCCACUACUCGAAUGGCCUUGCGACCUCAAUAUUAACAUCGCACUCAAAGACCAACCUACUAAUAAAAAACAGGCGAUGGACAUAGUCAAGUCUUUAGAACUCCGUCGCAAAUCGUCCUCCAAGCUUCACGACUAUGAUGAGAAGACUAAAUCCACCGAGAGCCUAGACCAGGGUGUCAUUCAGAUGAAGCGGCAGUACGUCUUCAUUCCGCAUACCAGUCUUGAUAAAUUUGAGUAUGUUAAGAAUGACGUCAUGUUUCUCGAGUUCAUUGUUAACCAAUAA